GCAUAUAUGAACUUUGUGAUUGCACUUGGAUUCAACUAGAAACAUAAGAAAAUCAUCAGAGGACAUAACAGCCUUUACAUAUGUGUAACAAAGCAAAACCAACACCAAAUACCUCCUGGAACCUGCGCAAGUACUCUUCUCUAUAUAAACCCCUGAAAAGAUGGAGUUUGUUAAAGAGGAAAGCGAAGACAUCAGUAUUUCAGAACCUUUUAGACUGAAGAAUGAAGAUACUGAGGAGCAAAAAGACCUGAUGGACAUGAAAGAGGAAUGUCAAGCACUGAAUGAAGUGGAGGAGAAAUAUCAGUGUCAGAAAACUGACGAUUUCAAAACUGGAGAAAAGUGUUUAAGUGGCUCACAGACUGAAAAGAAACAAAAAAGAACUCGAAGAACAAAAAACAUAAAAUCUUUCACCUGCCCUCAUUGUGGAAAGAUUUUCACACAUAAAGGAACCCUUAAUAUCCACAUAAGAAUUCACACUGGAGAGAGGCCUUACGUCUGCCCUCAGUGUGAAAAGAGUUUUAGACAUAAAGGACACCUUAAUAUCCAUAUAAGAACUCACACUGGAGAGACGCCUUAUACAUGCCAUCAAUGUGGAAAGAGUUUUAAGCAGAAUGUAAAUCUUACAUAUCACAUGAGAAUUCACACCGGAGAGAAGCCUUUCACGUGCCAGCUGUGUGGAAAGAGUUUCAGACACAAAGCAAGUCUCAAGGAGCACAUGAGAACUCACACUGGAGAGAAACAUUUUACAUGCUUUCAGUGUGGAAAGCGGUUUAGAAAUCCAAGUAGCCUAAGUAGGCAUGUACAUAUUCACUCUGAAAAGCAAUUACAUCACUGUUCUCAGUGUGGCAAGAGUUUCAAACAGGCAAACAGUCUCAGACUUCAUCAGCGCUAUCACUCUGGAGAAAAGCCUUUUAACUGUGAUCAGUGCGGUAAACAAUUUAUUUUUGCAUCUGUGUUAAAGAGACACUUGAAAAUUCAUGCAAAUGAGAAGCCUUACAUCUGCACUGUUUGUGGAAAGAGUUUUUCACAGCUAAGUUAUAUUAAACAGCACCAGAAAAUACACUUCGGUGAGAAAUCUUAUGUAUGCUCAGAGUGUGGUAAAGCUUUUAUUAGAGCUGAUGACUUGAAAGCACAUCAAAGAAUUCACACUGGAGAAAAACCUUACAAGUGCUCAUAUUGUGAAAAGAGUUUCAAACGGCCCAGCCAUCAGCAAGCACAUGAAAAAAUGCAUACUAGAGAGAAUCCAUACUACUGCUCUCCAUGUGAAAAGAGUUACAGCUCAUUGAGUACUGUACAGAGACAUAAAUAAGUUUUGCCCAAAUUUGUCAUGAUGAGAAUUUUGAGUCAUGUGAAAGCGAUCAAAAGAGUGAUAUGGUUUUGGAAGUUUGACCAUCCAACAACUCCCAUAGAGUGGAUGAAAUGGGGGGGGGACGUUAGUUUGAUCUAGGACUGGACGAAAUGGCAAAAAAAGAACAAAAUGGGAUAAUGUGAGAACUGCAAUAUACAAUGCCUGGUCGCAUACUCUAAGAUUUCGUUGGACCAUCUUUAUCUUUGAUUACGGCGUACAUUCGUCAUGGCAUAGCUUCGACAACCUGAUGCAACAUCACAACAUUUAUUUCCAUCCAGAGUUGCAUAAAGUUUUUGCCGAGAUCUUGUAUUGAUGUCGGGAUAGUCAAACCACUCCUUAAAGUCUUCUCCAGCACAUCCCAAAUGGGGUUAAGGUCAGGACACUGGUGGCCAAUUCAUGUGUGAAAAUGACUCCUCAUGCUCCCUGAACCACUCUUUCAGAAUUUGAUCCUGAUGAAUAUUGGCAUUGUCAUCCUGGAAUAUGCCUGUACCAUCAGGGAAGGAAAUAAUCUCUUGAUGGGAUAACCUGGUCAUUCAGGUAGUCAGCUGACUUCAUUUUAUUGCCACAUAACGUUGCUGAGCCUAGACCUGACCAAUUGAAGCAUAACACUGUCUCCAGAGACUUGUACAGCUGGCACUAUGCGUGACGUCGCUUCAUACGCUUCCCUUCUUAACCUGACACGCCCAUCACUUUGGAAUAGUGUAAAUCCAGACUCAUCAGACCACAUGACUUUUUUCCAUUGCUCCACAGUACAAUCUUUAUGCUCCCUAGCAAAUUUAAGCAGUUUUUUUCAGAUUAGCCUCACUAACAAGUGGCAUUCUUGUGGCCUCACAGCUGUUUAGUCUCAAUCCUGUAAGUUCUCGUUACAUUGUACAUGUGGAAAUGCUCUUACUUCAACUAUUAUACAUAGCCAUGAAUUCUGCUGUCCAUUUUUUACGAUGUUAUUUCACUAAGAGUUUUCAUUAAAGAUUUUUUUCA